UCAAUCGGGUGAUGGUUCGGGUGCCACCGUGAGAGAGAGAGAGAGAGAGAGAGAGAGAGAGAGAGAGAGAGAGAGAGAGAGAGAGAGAGAGAGACUGCUAAUAUGAUAUCAUAAAAUCUCCAGUGAUGUUGGGAACUAUCAGUGCAAUAAUGUAACCACUGCAGUGCCGUUACAACAACGUGUGCUAUCAUAUCCAUGGGAAAGAAAGGAUAUGGUGGUGGACGCAGAGCUACAACGAAAAACUGUGUGACCUAAGAAAAGAAGUUAUAAACAGUAGUGGAAUGACGGGAAGAGAAGUUCCACCUCCACAGCAGAGUGAAGUUACGCUGACGACACAAAACAAACAACACAGAAAAUAAAUACCAGAUAUCCAGUGGCCACCACCGCCGCUGCCGCCACGACCAUGCACCUCUACUACCACCACCUGAUCACCUGGUUCCUGGUUCUCUUCGUUUUGCUGCAAAGGAUACAAGGCGAUCAGCGUCUGGCAAAAGACUGCUUUGAGUACAGCCUUCAUUCCAAUGGCAUAACAAAUGCGACUCCCAAUGUGACCCUAGGAGAUGCCCUGGAGGUGUCUCUGCAGGUGGCAAUUAACGGGGAGCUUCCACUCACACAAAUCGUCCUGUAUGGAGCAAAUCCCUCCACCUACUUAGCAGUCAACCAAGAAAAAGUGACGUUGACAUAUGCCAACGAGCACAAAGACCUCACACUGGCCAGUCCCCAACCUCCCCUCUCCUGGAUUAAUCUCGUGAUGGAUCCCACUGGCGCGGACACCCUGCUUGUUUACACCCCUAGAGACAGACUGAAUGUCAUCACCGCUAAAGUCACCCUCGGCCCCUUCGUCUACGUGUCCUCCAACAAAAAAGUUAACGUGGCAUUCAAUUGUUUAUCUGGUUGCAUUAUCCGCAACUCUUCAUUGGGUCUGUUGGGAAGAAACGUGAAACUGCAGCCACCUUUCACAAUGUACCUGAACCCAAAUAAACGGCCGCUUCCCGCCUUUAAUAGGUUAUCUAUCACGCCUGUGCUUACCCUAACCCCAAACACUGGUGCCAAUGUGACAGUGAAUGCCAGCGAGUGGACGGCGGGCAUGUGGCACAGAGUUGAGAUCCUGAAAGCCAAGAACCAGCAGGAAGGGACAAUAGAUCAGCCCCGGAAUGGAACGGACAACGUGAAGGAAGUGCAGAUCCGGGUACGCAACGCUGAUUACAUGAUCACUCGAGUCAGAGGAUUCAGUUGGACCCUCCACUGCGCCCCUAAAGAGAUCAUCCACAACUCUCCGUCUACAGACAUCCCAGAUCCUGAAACCAACACGGACAGAGACGAGGACUUAACAACCCCUUCAGAAAGCGGAGAAGGAACAGGAGCAUCGGAAGGAGGGAGAGAGGGCGACAAGUCAAAAGAGAAGAGUGGAGGUGCAGGAGCUGGGAUGGUGACGGCUUGGGUAAUGGCGGGCCUGGCGCUCUUCUUAGUAUUGGUGCUUACCCUCGCCCUCUGCACCAAGACGUCCAAUCCCUCGAACUCCAACCAAUUCCAUGACUCCCAGCCUUCCGUGGGUAUCGUCUACUGCAAGGGCGCAAACAGAGAGCCGGAAGAGGACAGCGAGCCGGAGUCCCCCAAUGAGCUGAAGGUUCCCUCCUACCGUAACACCCACAAACAGUUUAGCAAGAUCUUCAAAGAAGUGGAGGACUGAGGCACAAAACGGCUGAGGGGUGCCUGUGAAUUACCUGGUCUUUUUUAUGUAAGAGAGACACUGGCCAAGACCAACAAAAAAGGCGAAAAAAAAAAAAGGCCCACUGAAAAUGCUAAUCCCAAAAGAAGGGUCAAAAGUAUCAUCCAAAACUGGAGGAUAGGUGUAUUGAAACCUCCCUCUUGAAAGAACUGAAUCCAUAGGAAGGAGGAAAUACAGAAGCAGACACGGAGAUCCAGAGCCUGUUAUACACACACACACACACACACACACACACACACACACACACACACACACACACACACACACUUUUAUUGACAGGAGUACCAAAGUGAUCUAUCAGCAAAAUACCUACAUAAUGUAAAGUAAUACUACAGAAUACAAAUCAAAUAAUACGUAAUGCAUGAUAAAAUACAUGACAAAAAAUGGAUAAAUACAACAUCGUGCAUAUUUAUCCUCUGUCCAAACAAAAUAACGAGCCUUCUAAUAGAGAGUAAUUUAUAUAAAUGGUCUUAGUAAAAAUAAAGCUGAGGAUUACGAUGUUGAGGCUGACAAUGAUGAUGAUGAUGAUACUAAUGAGGACAGUGAUCGUAUGUGAUUAUUACUGCGCUCAUGGUAAUGUGAUAUAAGUGCAGUAUAGUGAGUGAUGAAUGAUGUGGCUGUGGUGUGAUGGACAAUAUACUGAAUAGCAAAAGGAAUGUGACGAUGAUUUCUGGUGUAAAGGUGAAGAUAUGAUAAAGAUGAUGACGAUGACUAUAAUGAUUGUGAGAAUGACUGUGAUGGUGGUAAAUGAUAAUUGUGAUUAUUAUUAUUAUUAUUAUUAUUAUUAUUAUUAUUAUGAUGAUGAUGAUGAUACAUUAGUGAGCAGCACGACAGAGAUGAUGACAACGAUGAUGAUGAUGAUGAUGAUGAUGAUGAUGAUGAUGAUGAUGAUGAUGAUGACGAUAAUAAUGAUAAUGAAGAUGAUGAUGAUGAUGACAAUAAUGGUGAUGAUGAUGAUGAUGAUGAUGAUGAGGAUGAUGAGGAUGAUGAUGAUGAUGAUGAUCAUGACGAUGAUGAUGAUUAUGAUGAUAGUAAUAAUAAUAAUAAUAAUAAUGAUAAUAAUAAUAAUAAUAAUAAUAAUAAUAAUAAUAAUAAUAAUAAUGAUGAUGAUGAUGAUGAUGAUGAUGAUGAUGAUGAUGAUGAUGAUGAUGAUGAUGAUGAUGAUGAUGAAGAUGAUGAUGAAGUACUUAUAAUUAAGAAAUGAAAAUAAUGACUGUGAAAGUAAUGAUAAUUAAGAUGAUACUGGUAAUGAUAUAUAAUAUUGCUUAUAAUGAUUAUGAUAAUGCUCAUGAUGAUUAUCAAUAUAGUGAUGAAGAUAAUGAUGAUGAUUGAUAAUGAUGAUGAUGAUGAUGAUGAUGAUGAUGAUGAUGAUGAUGAUGAUGAUGAUCCUCAGACUUAUCGAAAAUGCCAAAGACAAUAAGUAACAUUAAUAUUACUAUCACCUGUGCGUGCGUGUGUACGUGUACGUGCACUUGUGUGUGUGUGUGUGUGUGUGUGUGUGUGUGUGUGUGUGUGUGUGUGUGUGUGUGUGUGUGUGUGUGUGUGUGUGUGU